AUGAAGUUGUUGAUUUUGUGUUUGUUGUAUUACACUCAGCUAGUGAUAUGUAAUGUUGUAUCUUUCACUGGUAAAUAUUCUUUACAUCCAAAAAAUUUAACUAUUGAUGAUAUUUCAAGGGUAGACUUUCGAAUUUAUCAAAUUGGUAAUUAUACAAAUAAACCAUUCUCGCAAUCAACAAAGGUCAAUUCCAUCGAUGGUCUCUUCACUUUUAAUAACUUACCUUUAAACAGAGGUAACAAUGUCACUACAGAUUUCGUUAUUUAUUCAACUUCGUUGGAUUAUAAUUUAAAACCAGUAAGAAUAUUACUUACAUAUACCUCUUGGGAUGAUGAAGCUAACAACCAUACAGUCAAAGCUUAUUCUAAUUUCGUAGGGAGAGAAUAUUUCCCAGACAAAGAUAUUAUAUUCCCCGAUAAACUAGAAGAAUUAUCAAUGGACCCUUAUUUAGAAGUCACUUAUUUCAACAAAGCUCCUUAUAGAUUAUACUACCAAGAACGUAACGAAGGUAUCCUAUCAACAGGUAUCAUAGGAAACAUAUUGAGUUCUCGUUGGAAAACUGCAGGUGUAAUUACAAUGAUUUUGUUAAUUAUAUUCCCCUAUGUUGUUGAAAGACUGGAUCCGGAAACUUCACAAUUAUUAAGAGAAGAAGUACAAAGAAAACAGAGAGAAAAGUAUCAAAUACAACAAUAG